UUGCGACGGGCGGACGUAUCUCGCGUCGCUCUCGUCAGCUGGUCACUGGCCACUCCGUCCGCCAUUGAUGAAAAGGAAUUGAUUGUUCUUUUAACGACUCCUGUGCCCUUAUUGUGAUUGACGAACGAGUGCAUGGUGUAUUGGAGCAUCUGGAAAUUAUAUUUGUCUCAAGCUGGAUUACCUGUUAUAUGAAGCAGAUUCAUUCAUUUGUGAUAACCGUGUGACGUGAUUUCGUCCGGAAAGUAAACCACCAGUGCCAACGGUCCGGGUCAUUCGCUGACGUCCAGAAAAUGCAAGCGACGGAUCUGAGCGUCAGUGUGUGAGGAUCGUAACAGUUGUGAUACGUUUCUACGUCGCCGUGCAGUGGACCCACAAUAUUAUUUCUUAUUGAGUGACGCAACCCUCGCCAGGGAAACAAAAUCGCAACAAGGAAAACGAAUGUAUUAUCUUUCUACUACUUAAGUGAUAAUCUGAAGGAUAUUAAAACUGCCGAGAAAAUAAUUCCGGUGUCAGCGCCAUCGGCUCUCUGUCGCCCUUCUCCCGACACCACUAUUUUCCCGUCAGUGUUGGAAGACGGUGGGAAGCCCCUGACACCUGCACGUGCGGUGUGCCACCACAUGUCCCAGGAAUUGUCUUGAGAUUAUGGUGUCCCUUAGUGCACCCUGGCCGUCCCUGGGGCUGCUUUUAGGGCCCGAGGACCUUCUCUGCUGACCUGCCACCAACAACAAUGAGGAGCAUGGAGGAGGAGGUGGAGGGCGGAGGCACGCGCGAAGACUUCCUGAGCGAGGACGACCACUCCCCGACCGACGCCUCUGAGGACAGCGUGGAGGUGCGCGUCCAGCCCAUCCGCGGCCAUCACCCCCACCGCCCGCCCACCCCGCCCACGCCGCCCGCCCACCACAAGUUCCACAAGUUCCGCAAGCACUACUCCGCGCUGAGGCAGGAGUACCCGGUCCACGCCGCCCGCGCCUCCCCAGGGCCCGCCAGUCCGCCCGCCAGCCCCGUGGAGCCGCACACGGGCGCGGCGCCGCUGUCGCCCGGGACGCGCGCCGCAGCCCGCAGCCGCCGCAAGCCCGCCGAGCCUCGACGCCUGUGCCACGAGGCGGCACCCAAGCGCCCGCACAGCCCCGACCCGCCCCGCUCCGCGAAGGCCGCCCGCACCGAUGGCGCCACCGACGUCUCCGAGAAGAGCGCGCCCUCGUCGCCGUCCCCGGGGGCGCCGCCUCUCCUGCAGCACUACCCACUGCUCAGCUCCUUCAGGAGGCCGCCCAUGGGCGCCUUUCCGCCCCUCCUGAUCCCGCCUGCGUGGCCGCCCGUCACCGCCCAGUGGAGCUACCCGCGGGUGGUCAAUCCCUUGGGGUGGGCGGGGCUCACGCCCGGCCUCACGCCUGCCCUCAGCCCGCACCACUACCCCAUGCUGCUCCCGCACUCGUACCCGCUGCCCCGGCCGCUGCUCCCCACGCAGCUGCCUCCCGCGUCGCCGCCGCCGAAGUCUCCGCCGCCGCGGACGCCCCCGGGGGAGCGCGUGCCCCGCGACGACCUGCCGCUACCGCUGGUGACGCGCGUGGCGGCGCCGGAGGGCCCGAGUCCGAGCGCGGGCGUGCACCCCGCCGCGCGCGCCGAGGUGAGCGUGGUGCGCAAGGCGGGCAAGGCGCCGUCCAAGUUCCUCAGCGUGGAGUCCCUGAUCGCGUCGGACAGCCCGUCGCGGGCGCCGGCCGACGGCGAGGACGACGUGCCCGGCAGCCUGGGCGGCGACGCGUGCCCGCCCGACGACGACGACACCAUCCACGCCCUGCUGCAGCCCAGCAAGCAGAAGCAGCGCAACUACAAGAACAUGACGCGGGAGCGGCGCAUCGAGGCCAACGCGCGCGAGCGCAACCGCGUCCACACCAUCAGUGCCGCCUUCGAGAAGCUGCGGACGUCGGUGCCGGCCUACAGCCACAACCAGAAACUGUCGAAGCUGUCGGUGCUGAGAAUAGCGUGCUCGUACAUCCUGUCGCUGUCGCGCCUCGCCGGCCACGACUACAGCGCGGGCGGCACCGAGCCCUCGUUCAGCGAUUGCGUCGACCUGACGACGCGGACCAUCCAGGUGGAGGGCAAGGCCAAGAAGAAGAGGGACGAGUAGGCCGCCCGCACGCCCACACCCUGCGCCCUCGAGUGACACUCGCGUCCCCCUCUGUCACUCUCCUGUCCCCCCCCCCCCCCCCCCCCCAG